UUUGACUGGUGUAACCUGUUUACUGGCUCUACACCUGAGGAGAGACAGGCCCAUGAGCCCGGGGAGAGUUGUGCAAUCACGGAACAUAUACUCUUAGCAACAACAAGAUUCCAUUCUCUAUAUUUGAAAGAACAAACGCAGUGAUGUCCCUUUCUUGGGACAACUGAAAGAUCCCUGUUUUGCUGGAAAAAUUGAAUGAGCAUUCACUUAUUCCUCCAAAGGAGCCUGCAAUUCCAUUCCUAUAAAGCAAAAUGACAGCCAGCAAAUCAGCAGUGAUCAAUUAUAUUCAUCUGGAUGAAUCCUGCACACUCUCAUUUCGAAAAGCCCCCAGAAAGACAUACACAGUGGAAGAAGCAGUGGAAACCAUUGGAUUUGGGCGAUUCCAUGUUUUGUUGGUCUCAAUCAUGGGGAGCACCAGUGUGGCUGAAGCCAUGGAGAUCAUGCUAUUGGCAGUCAUUUCCCCAGUCAUUCGUUGUGAAUGGCGCCUGGAAGAAUGGCAGGUUGCCAUGGUUACAACUAUGGUGUUUCUGGGCUUCAUGUCAUGCAGUUGGAUUUGGGGUUACCUGGCCGACAGGUAUGGACGUUGGAAGAUUCUUCUGCUUGUCACUGUCUGGAGUUCCUAUUACUCAGGCUUGACUUCCUUUGCACACACCUAUGGCUGGUUUGUCUUCCUCCGUUCCAUGGUUGGAUGUGGAGUGGCUGGUCAUUCACAAGGAUUUAUUAUCAUGACUGAGUUCAUGCCGUCCAAAUAUCGAGGUCGUAUUUUGCCUCUGGGACAGCUCUUCUGGCUAUUGGGCUCCAUAAUAGAGAUCCUGCUGGCAUACCUAAUUAUCCCGACUUUGGGCUGGCGUUGGCUUGUGCGUAUCUCCACCAUACCAAGUAUCAUUCUGUUGGUGGUAUUUAAGUGUAUUCCAGAAUCAGCCCGAUACAAUGUCUCUGUGGGGAAAUCUCAGUUUGCCACCAAAACCCUGACUUACAUAGCAAGAAUGAAUCGAUCCUGCCUCCCUCAGGGCUCUUUGCUGGACUCUGAAACGUCAAUCAGGGGAAGAAUGUCCGACUUGUUGGGUACAGAAUUCAGACGCACAACCCUGCAGUCCUGGUUCAUCUGGUUGGGAACAGCAUUUGCUUAUUAUGGACUGGUUCUAACCAGCUCAGAGCUAUUGGAAAACAAUCCAGUCUGUGGCGGUGAGGGAGCCAACAAAGGACCAGAUGUAGUUAAUACUUUGGAAACCUGCCAUUGUAAGGUGUUUGAAUCUGCAGACUACCAGACCAUGAUCAUCAGCACUUUAGGAGAAUUCAUGUUUAUUCCAUUUAGCCCUUUUAUCAUUGAGUCUUUGGGAAGACGUCGCAGUUUGGCACUCACUAUGGCGGCCUCUGGGAUUUUUUUCCUCCUCCUUAACAUCUGCAGCAGCAGGUCUAUGUUGACCACUUUACUUUUUAUUCUCCGAGCCCUUGUGUCUGCAAAUUUCACCAUCAUCUAUAUCUACACUGCAGAGGUAUAUCCCACAACUAUUCGUUCCUUAGGGUUAGGUUCUUGUAGCUCAAUGGCUCGUAUUGGGGCAAUGAUCGCACCAUUUGUAGCGCAGGUCCUGCUGGGCACAUGGCCUAUAACAGCUCUAUGCCUCUUUAGUGCUGUGUGCAUCAUUUGUUCUAUUUUGGCCUUUACUCUUCCCAUUGAGACUCAGGGACGUGCAAUGCAGGAGAUCAAUCCAUCCACAUCCAGUAUUUAAAAUUCAGUCAUGGAAUUAAUAUUUGACCAAGCAGAGGGAUCCGAAUUUCUAUCCUCUAAACCUUUGCAGUACCAUCACUAAUGAGUCAUCGAGGUGUUUGUUGAUCUCUCUGCGUUGGGUGAUAUUAUUUCCUUUCCACUGAGGACCAUAUCUUGCUUUCCUCAUGCA